UCGCUUCCCAUGACCUCCUGGCUCCUGCUGCCCAGCGGAGUGACGGUUGAAGUGAUCGUGGUGAACAUCGUGUCGGCCGGUCACGUCUUCGUCCAGCAGCACACCCACCCGACCUACCACGCCCUGCGGAGCCUCGACCAGCAGAUGUUCCUCUGCUACUCCCAGCCGGGCACCCCCGCCCUGCCCUCGCCAGCCGAAGGUAACCUCGAGUCGCUGCGCAGACAAAUGUUUCUGCAGUUUUAGUCAUUUUUAAUCCAC